AUGGCUAAGCCUGUGUCCAAAGACGAAGCCCUAGGCCCAUCUCCUAUUUGGAAGCCUACCUUGCCGCAGGACAAGAUCCCCAUGAACAUCUAUCGUGAACAUAUCAACCGAAAAUUCAACCAACAGUUAAGCUCCUCUCAAGAGCUACACCAGUGGUCUGUGAGCAAUUUGCACGACUUUUGGAUAGAUCUGCACCGGUACACUGGCAUCAUCCCACCGUUGCCUGCAAGUAUCACGACUGCAUUUGAUCCCAACACACCAAUGGAGAAGGUGCCCGAGUUCUUUCGUGGAGCCACGGUCAAUUAUGCAGAGAAUGUUGUCACGGGCCGCGACUUGAACAAAACUGCCCUGAUUGGCGUCCGCGAAGGCCAAGACUUGAACGGCGAAGUUUGGUCGUGGGGGUUGUUGCGAGAGAAUAUCAGGAAAGCAAGAAGUGCAUUACUGCAGUUGGGCAUUCAAGAAGGCGAUCGAGUGGCUGCUAUUAUUUCGACCAGCGUGUGGUCUGUUGGCCUCUUCUUGGCUACGGCUAGUAUUGGUGCGAUUUGGACCAGCAUAGCGCCCGAUCUGGGAGAAGAAGGUUGUGUGUCGCGAUUGCAACAAGUUACACCCAGAGUGCUCUUUGCUGACAGCGACUCGACAUACAAGGGCAAGUUACACUCGAACGAGGCAAAGAUUCGAAAUAUUCUCCAGGCUAUGAUUGUAAAACCCAAGGCGUUCGUGAUUCCUCUUGGGACUGAAGACCCGGGUUUUCCAACCCUUGAACAAUUUCUGUCAUCAUCACGACCUGAUGAUGAGCUGGAGUUCAAGAGAUUGCCGUUCUCUCACCCAUUGUAUAUCCUAUACACCAGUGGCACAACCGGCCAGCCAAAGUGUUUAGUACACAGUCACAGCGUUAUCUUGCAGCACAAGAAGACAUCUGUUCUACACAACUCACUGACCUCCGGUGACGUCGUGUUCCAGUAUAGCAGCACUUCAUGGGUGCUCUGGAAUAUCAUGAUCGGUCACCUAUCCGUGGGCCCAACUUUGGUUCUAUAUGACGGAUCACCCCUGUGGCCCAGCGCAAAAGCAAUGGCAAAUAUUGCCGAAUAUCACCGCGUGACAUACUGGGGUUGCUCACCUCGAUAUCUGCAAGAACUUGAAAUGACCCGAUGUAUCCCGAAAGUUGAAUUUGACCUGUCGUCGUUGCGAAUGGUGCAGACAGGUGGUUCACAUCUCGGUGCAGAUCAAUACCACUGGUUCUAUCGUGCAUUCCCACCAAGUGUUCAUCUUACUAGUGUGACUGGUGGAACGGAUCUGGUAACAUCGUGGAUUGGAACUGAUCCUGCCGGCCCUCUUUACCCAGGAGAAAUUCAGCUUCCCAUGCUAGGUCAAGAUGUGGAUGUGGCUGAUCCCAUCACGGGUGAGUCAGUGAAGAUGACCGGAAAAAAUGGCGAAUUCGUCUGUCGUCAGUCUUUCCCAUCUAUGCCGGUAUUCUUCUGGGGCGACAAAGACGGGUCAAAGUACAAAAGCACCUAUUUCGACAAGUUUGAGAAUUGUUGGGCUCAGCAUGAUUGGGCAAGCUACAAUCCUCGGACGAAGGGCUGGCAGAUUCAUGGACGAAGCGACGGUGUGCUCAAUCCUCAAGGUAUACGCUUUGGAUCCUCGGAUGUAUAUUCCAUAACCGAGUCCGCACCCUUCAACAAAGUCGUCUCAUCCACCCUUUGCAUCGGCCGACGCCGGCCGCAAGAUUCCGACGAAUCUGUUUUCUUAUUCGUGGUUAUGCAGCCCGGUCAAAAGUUUAGCAGUCAACUUUCGCUUGAGCUAAAGGCUGCUAUUCGAAAGGGUCUAAGCAGCAAGCAUGUCCCGCGAUUUGUUCUUGGCGUGGACGAGAUCCCUAUGACCGUUAAUGGGAAGAAGGUUGAGACUUUGGUGAAAUCUGUUAUUUGCUCGGGAGAAAUGCCUAAAGUUAUCAGCAGCACGGUCGCGAACCCAGGUUGCUUGGAACAUUUUAGGCAGUAUUAUUAUUUGGAGGCUAUCAAGGAUGACAGAGGCAAGCUCUAG